AUGCACGUCUUUGAACUCCAGCCCACCAGCCGGUAUUCCCCCAGCCAGCCCACCAGCCGGUAUUCCCCCAGCCAGCCCUCCAGCCGGUAUUCCCCCAGCCAGCCACCCAACCCAACCAAGCCUCCCAGUCUGUAUCCCCCCAGCCAGCCCACCAGCCGGUAUUCCCCCAGCCAGCCACCCAACCCAACCAAGCCCCCCAGUCCGUAUCCCCCCAGCCAGCCCACCAGCCGGUAUUUCCCCAGCCAGCCCUCCAGCCGGUAUUCCCCCAGCCAGCCCACCAGCCGGUAUUCCCCAGCCAGCCCACCAGCCGGUAUUCCCCCAGCCAGCCACCAGCCGGUAUUCCCCCAGCCAGCCACCCAACCCAACCAAGCCUCCCAGUCUGUAUCCCCCAGCCAGCCCACCAGCCGGUAUUCCCCCAGCCAGCCCACCAGCCGGUAUUCCCCCAGCCAGCCCACCAGCCAGUAUUCCCCAGCCAGCCCACCAGCCAGUAUUCCCCCAGCCAGCCCUCCAGCCGGUAUUCCCCAGCCAGCCCACCAGCCGGUAUUCCCCAGCCAGCCCCAGCCACCAGCCAAGUAUUCCCCCAGCCAGCCCACCAGCCAGCCACCCAACCCAACCAAGCCUCCCAGUAUUCCCCAGCCAGCCCACCAGCCGGUAUUCCCCCAGCCAGCCACCCAACCCAACCAAGCCUCCCAGUCUGUAUUCCCCCAGCCAGCUCCACAGCUUGUAUCCCCACAGCCAGCCAGCCACCCAACCCAACCUGUAUCCCCAGAGCCAACCCCAAAGCCUCCCAGUCUGUAUCCCCCCAGCCAGCCCACCUGCCUGUAUCCCCACAACCAGCCCCCCAGUUGGUAUCCCCGCAGCCAGCCACCCAACCUGUAUCUCCAAAGCCAGCUCAUCAGCCUGUAUCCCCACAGCCAGCUCAUCAACCUGUAUCCCCACAUCCAGCUCAUCAGCCUGUAUCCCCACAGCCAGCCCAUCAGCCUCCAGCCCAUCAGCUUGUAUCCCCGCAGCCAGCCACCCAACCUGUAUCUCCAAAGCCAGCUCAUCAGCCUGUAUCCCCCCAGCCAGCCCAUCAGCCUGUAUCCCCCCAGCCAGCCCGUCAGCCUGUAUCCCCCCAGCCAGCCCGUCAGCCUGUAUCCCCCAGCCAGCCCGUCAGCCUGUAUCCCCCAGCCAGCCCGUCAGCCUGUAUCCCCUCAGCCAGCCCGUCAGCCUGUAUCCCCCAGCCAGCCCGUCAGCCUGUAUCCCCCAGUCAGCCCGUCAGCCUGUAUCCCCCCAGCCAGCCCGUCAGCCUGUAUCCCCCCAGCCAGCCCAUCAGCCUGCAUCCCCUCAGCCUGCCUCCCAGUCUGUAUCGCCCCAGCCAGCCCACCUGCCUGUAUCCCCACAACCAGCCCCCCAGUCGGCAUCCCCGCAGCCAGCCCACCAGCCAGGAUCCCCCCAGCCAGCCCCACAGCUUGUAUCUCCACAGCCAGCCACCCAACCUGUAUCUCCACAGCCAGCCCAUCAGCCUCUAUCCCCAGCCUGCCCCCCUCAGCCUGUAUCUCCAGCCUGCCCCCUCAGCCUGUAUCCCUCAGCCAGCCCGUCAGCCUGUAUCCCCCAGCCUGCCCAUCAGCCUGUAUCCCCCAGCCAGGCCAUCAGUAUCCCCCAGCCAGCCCCCAGCCUGUAUCCCCCAGCCAGCCCAUCAGCCUGUAUCUCCACAACCAGCCCCAGCCUGUUUCCCCACAGCCAGCCCACCAGCCUGUUUCCCCCAGCCAGCCCCACAGCCUGUAUCUCCACAGCCAGCCCAUCAGCCUGUUUCUCCACAGCCAGCCCAUCAGCCUGUUUCUCCACAGCCUGCCCAUCAGCCUGUUUCUCCACAGCCAUCCCCUCAGCCUGUAUCCUGUCACAGCCAGCCCGCCAGCCUGUAUCUCCACAGCCAGCCCAUCAGCCUGUUUCCCCAGCCAGACCAUCAGCCUGUUUCUCCACAGCCAGCCCAGGCCUCAGCCUGUAUCCCCACAGCCAGCCCAUCAGCCUGUAUCUCCCAGCCAGCCCAUCAGACUGUUUCUCCACAGCCAGCCCAUCAGCCUGUUUCCCUCCACAGCCAGCCCAUCAGCCUGUUCCCUCCACAGCCAGCCCAUCAGCCUGUUUCCCACAGCCAGCCCCAUCAGCCUGUUUCUCCACAGCCAGCCCAUCAGCCUGUAUCCCCCAGCCAACCCCAUCAGCCUGUAUCCCCCAGCCUGUAGCCAGCUAGACCACCAGCCUGUAUCUCCACAGCCAACCCCCAGGCCUCCCAGUCUGUAUCCCCCCAGCCAGCCCAUCAGCCUGUAUCCCUCCAGCCAGCCCAUCAGCCUGUAUCCCUCCAGCCAGCCCAUCAGCCUGUAUCCCUCCAGCCAGCCCAUCAGCCUGUAUCCCUCCAGCCAGCCCAUCAGCCUCCAGCCCAUCAGCCUGUAUCCCCCCAGCCAGCCCAUCAGCCUGUAUCCCUCCAGCCAGCCCAUCAGCCUGUAUCCCCCAGCCAGCCCAUCAGCCUUGGACGGAGCAUCACAAGAGUCUCAGUAA